AUGGAUGAAAUUCUACUCACAUUUGAUGUACCAUACAACAAGACUGUGAGUCAGAACAUUCCAGAAACCCGAGCUCCAGAUUCUGCUAAGGUGGACCUGACUGUAAGCUUUGAAGAUGUCAUAGAUGCUGGACUCUUUAGGUGCUUAAACUGGGUGAAGCAUGGAAGCGAUAAACUAACAAGCCUUUCAAAAUCUGGUUCAAAAGGAGAAAAGGCUAACCUUGCUGCACACAUAAGGCUUUUUGAGGCUGUUGUGAUAAGGGCACUUCAACAGUAUACAAUAUCUAGUGAUGUCACUCUUCAAUGCCAAGUGCUUGAUUUGCUUGCUCAGUUAGUUCAAUUAAGAGUUAAUUACUGUCUCCUUGAUGCUGACCAGAUAUUUAUUCAUUAUGUUAUUAAGCAAUUUGAGUUCAUAGAGGAAGGACAAAUAGCGAAUGCUGAUAUUCUGAUACCUCGAAUCUUCUAUUUUUUAAUACUUCUUUCCUAUGAACGUUAUCAUUCGAAACCAAUUAUUUCAGUGCCGAAAAUAUUGCAACUUUGUGACAGCCUGAUUGCCAGUGGGCAACCACCAGAUAAAUAUGUUGUGCGAGCAUUGCAGCCUGUUAUUGAAGAUUUAUUCCUCAUCAGAAGCAUGAAUAAAAUGGAUCUAGGGAAAGAACUAGAUGCACAGCGAGAAGUAAUAGUGUCAACCCUUUUUAAAUUGGUCCAAUAUCCUCAGGUUUUACAUCUGUUUUGUCUCAUUAUAAAUCAUAGUCGUCAGGGAGGCGAGGAUAAAUGGAGGAAGACGUCUCGUCAAGUUGUAGAUGUCAUACUUCCUUUACUAUCAAGGCAACAGAUCCAGAUUGAAAAUCAAUUUCAGUUGAACAUUUUACAUAAACUUUUGGAAACAGUAGCUUCCAAUGUUUUUAGGCCUGUUGACAUUCUUUUAAAAGCUCUCUUUUCACAACCAAAAGAUUUAAACAUGCUGUCCAAUAUGCACAAAUGGAUGUGUAUGGUUUUGACUGUUCUUCGAGUGUUGAUAAGUCAAGCAAAUGAAGAAGCUGUUUUAUCUCGUUUAUCUGAUAUGGGUAUAACUAUUAGGAUAUAUAAGUUAGGCCUUUCUCCUUGCUUCAGAUGUGAAAAUGAACAAGCUGAAAGUUCUAUUUUUGAUAGCUCCCUCUCACCAAGCAUAACAUUUGCAAGAUUUCUGUUUCAAGUCGUUGGUGUUUUAGUGGAAUCAUUGUGUAAUCAGACAUUUGCUCCUGCUCUUAAGAUCACAGAAGAUACUUUUUUGUGCCAACAAGCUGCUCAUUUGCUUCUUUACCUUACAUAUAUGUUCCAAUCAGGCAUAUUUCGAACAGUGACAGCAUCUGCUAUGCAUAUUGUGAAGGAAGAUGUCUGCCAAAAUAAUCAAUCUUCAAAAUCAGUAGCUUUCUACAGUAUCUCAGAAAUUGAGUCUAUGUUUCUUAAACUAGCACCAUUUUAUCCUACAAUUGUUGUUCAGUGGUGUAAUGUUUUAACUAUUUUGAACUAUGAUAGUCGCCUCUUUUGGUCAAAAAUUGUACAUCCUUGUCAAGAAAAUAUAGCUGAUGAGCCCACACCUAUUUCCAUGCAGUCAACUCAACAAAAAAAGUGUUUUGUACCUUGUAAUUUAGAAAUGGUUCGUCGGGGAGGCGUUAUUCUUCUUUGCGAUUAUGUUUGUGAGAAUCCUACUGAUGUAGUACAAAUGACUUGGCUUAUAGUACAUCAUGUGAAUGACAUUAUUGACUUAUCCAUGGAAACAACAGUUCAGGACUUUAUAAG